AACGUCGCGACCAUGGCUACGGACGGACGCACGAAGCGCUCACAAUCCAUCUGCGCGCCUGCUUCCGCGAGUAUGGAAGCUCUGGCUGCGCCUAUAGAAACCACACCAGCUCCUCGUAGGCGACCAGCCGCACGAUCACAAUCGGCCAGGAUAACUGGGGGACGCUCUGUAAGACAAAGACGGCAACAGCAACAGCAGCAACAGUUAGAUAGAGAAACCAAGGCAAGGUAUAGCUCCGAACCGCGUUUAGCCGAAGCAGAGACUCCACCACAAGUACGCAGGCAGGCAUCAGCAAGGCGCAGGCCGCCCGCUGGUCAGCAUAGCCAACCAAGGCGGUCCAACGCGUUCCUAGAUGUCCCCAAACCACACCAGCCAGAGGAGGAACCAGACGAAGAUUCGUACAGACUAAGAUCAUUCAACGUCACGCAAAAAGGAGGAAUCGUGAAUCGAGGUGACUCCUUCCGGCGCCGUCGUUCAAGAUCCGGAAGUCUCGCGCCAGCAUCUCCAGCACAAUCCGCUCCCGAGUCCCAAGAACGCCGGCCAGUUGCAUUGCACCGAGUGGCCAUGGUGGGCGCCCAGGGUGUCGGAAAAACCGCCUUAAUCAGCCAGUUCCAGACUAGUGAAUGCAUCAAUGCUUAUGACAGACAAAGAGAUGCGGACGGCACAGAGCAGAAAGUAUCAAUUCUACUAAAUGGCGAGGAAUCGGAGCUUUAUUUCGUAAACUGCACAAGUGCAAGGGAAGAGAUAGACCGCUGCGAGCCACCUGAUGCGUUCGUCGUAAUAUACUCUGUAGUAGACAAGGCAUCCUUCCAGAAGGCUGAGCAGGAAUUGGCCAGAUUACUGGAUUCUGACAUGUUGAGAUGCAGGCCGGCUGUGCUGGUUGGAAAUAAGAUAGAUUUAGCGAGAAGCAGAGCUGUUUCGACACAAGACGGUAAAUGCCUCGCGUGCACAUACAAAGCGAAAUUCAUAGAAGUGUCAGUUGGCAUCAACCACAACGUUGACGAACUCCUUGUCGGCAUCCUCAACCAGAUCAGGCUAAAGCAGCAGCAGUUCACCUCCGAUGGAGGCAGAGAGUCGUCGCCCGCGCACUGGUAUAAAUCGCGGGGUGUUGUACGCGCAAGUAUGAAAGCGCGGCAGAUGCUAACAUGGAUCUUCGGGAAAGAGGAUUCGAAAUUCAAAAAUUGUGAGAACUUACAUGUUCUGUGAGUAGAAUCGGAUGGCCCCGUUUUUGUAUAAACAGUAAAACGAGGCUGUGAAGUGAAUAAACAUUUAAGUGUCCAGUGUAGCAAUUUAAAUUUUAUUAGAACACCCAUUCGAUGUAAUCCGAAAGCGAAAUCGAUUAACUGAUAUAACUUUAUUUUAAAUAUCGAACAUGAGUGUCAAAUUUGAGAAUCAACAUUUGUUUUUUUUUCAUUCAAGUUUUAUUACAUUACACUUAAUACAAAUUAUAUAUCGAUUUCUUUUAUCAAAAUUCCCCAUUUGCUUAAGAUAUUUUAUUUGUGAAAUCUUAUUGACGAUGUUGAUUAAUAUUUGUUUAUCUAUGGCUAAUGCUGGACCUUUGACAGAUAAAGGGCCAAAGUCAAAAUUCUGACAUACGUCAGACGAUAAGUGCCAAUGCUUGAGAGAAUUUAUUAAGCUUAAAUAAAUCAGUAUUUUGUCCUUUAUAUAAUAAAAUUUGUAUUGUGAGCAAUAUAACCUAGUUAGAAAAUAUACUCAAGAGUUUAAAUUUUAUAUAAAUCGCUAGUAAUAAUUCUUUUUAUAUAGUUCAUUAAGCCCGGGUCCACUACAAAAUUUCCUUCCAUCUUCCUAGGCCUCUCUUUUCAUAGAAGAUAUUUUCUUAUGUACCUUAUAAGUACAGAUGUCCUAACAUAGUAUCAACAGUUUUAGUCCUAGUCCAUAGAUAAUAAAUCAGUCUUUAAAACUUUAAUCGAAAUCAAUGUAAAUUUACGUAACGAUUUUUUAAGUACUUUCAUGAACUAGUACCAUAAAAAGUUUUAAUAUAUAAAAAGGUAUUAUAUGUCUAUGAUCAAUCGUACAUCGCCAUCUCGUGGUUAUACGCAUCAAUAAAGUAUUCCAAUAUUAGGCAAAGUAUUUCACGAUAGCAUUUAAUACUUUGUACAGUUUUUGACAUGUAGAGCAAGUUUCGAUUCUUUAUUGAUACUACUUGUAGUUACAGAAUGUGUAAGAUCUUAAUAUUUACUCUACUCUGUACCACUUAGUCUUAAAUAAUGUAAAAAAAGUAUAAUUGUAAAUAUAUACUGCAAAUGCACCGAAGGAUUUGAUGUUGUUUGUGUAUUAUUGUAUAAUUAUAAAGUAGGUUAUAUGAUAAUGGAAUCAAAAGUCAGCCAUAAUGUUCGUUGCUCUUCUUAGUGGGAUAUUAAAUGAAUGUAUUUACAUUAAUUAAGCCUAUAUUCAUAAAAUAAAUGACGCGAAGCACAGAGCUUUAGAUCAAUACACUUUUUCAAAAGCUGGAACUGUAAAAAAAUUAGAUCCAUUACUGCAGUCUACUACUCAUCUGUCCCUUUCCACCAGUGUUUGACAGAAAGAGAUAAAAUAUUUUGACUAGACUAUAGACUAUACAGUCGCUGUCAUUAUCUGUAUGCUGUAACGCCGUAAAAAGAAUGAGAAAAUCCAUAGACCUAAUGGCAUGACUUUUACGUAAUUUAUUAUCAGGCGCAAAGGCGGCUAUAAUAAUAUUAUAUUUAUAAUAUAAUUAUGUAGUGCCUUUUUCUUAUCUAAAUGGUGUUUUAUCGUAAAUAAGUUAAAAUAAAUUUUAUAUGUGUUUAGAUUAUUAUAAGUGUAUAGUAUAUCCAAAUAAUAUAUUAAGCGUUAUUUUCAUAAGAAAUUUUGAUUCAUAAUUAACUGUCUGCUAUCUGUACAAAUAUAAUAAUACUUUAAAUCAGUGUUUCCUAACCUUUUUUGUGCCAUGUCCCUUUUGAGUCCCACCUUAGCCUUCUUAAAAUACUUAUGGGGGGCUUGUUUUUUAAAUUAAAUUGUCCACGUAAGAAACUUAAAUUAAAGGAAGAAAUUACUGAGAAAUUGUUAAUAAUGGAAAACUAAAAUUCAAAUUCCAAAGAAUGUUAAUACAUUUUCAAAAGCCCUCCUUAACAAUAAAAUUGGCACCCUGUGGGACGUUGUUCCCCCGUUGGGAAUCACUGCUAAAUGAACUUAUCUUAUACUUUGGUACUCAUAGGUACAAUGAACUAUCAAACAGUAAUAUUUUAUUUUUUAUUCAUAAAAUUAAUUGUCAUCAAAUGGCAAUUGAAAUUUCUGCUUACAAAUAAUAUUUCUUUAACACAUAUACGUGGAUUUGUUUGUUAUGUACUCUACUCGACUUAUCAGCAAUCUUAGUCACCGAUCAACUACCGCAUCUAGACGACAUAUUAAUAUAAAAUUUAUUUUAAAAAUGCUGCCAUACCAGCGCCAUCUAUUGACACAAAACUGGUUUUUAUUCCUUUGGAUUUUUACGGACUAAUUGUUCCCCCUUGUUAUAACGUUUAUAUAAAUAAUGUAAUAAAUUCGAGUUUAUAUUCAUUAAAGUUUUGUCAGCCUUAUUAACUAAAGUACUUUACCAAUACUUUGGAAUAAAUAAGACUAUUUUUUAUAUAAAAGAGGUUAUAUACACGAAUAACCAUAACCAUGUUAGCCCCAAUUCACUCACUUAACUCAAGGCUUAAGUGCAGCUUAAAUUUUGGAUCAUGUAAGAGUAAUUAAUAGGAUUACCGUUCAAAAGCUUUGGCCGGACAGAAUUGGAACUCACAUUUCAUAGUGGAUUAUGUCUAUGUAACUAACUGUUCCUAACUUUGUGCUCCUCGUUACGCCUUGCUUGUCAUAACGACGAGCACAAAGCUAAUAUACUAUCUAAUAGCUUACGUCUUUAGCUAUUGUGUUAUUUCCCAUCUAGUUAGAAUAGUGUUAAGCUGCUGGUUAAGCGUAGUGCCGCGAUUUUUACUGGUUAAUGGCGGGGCGGGAUGCGGAGAAGGCUACGCUGUUGGCGUGUCCUGGCUCGGGUGAUUGCUGGUGGCAGGGGGUUUUAGUGGGAAUGCACAGUAACGAGGCUUAACAAUAACCCUUUACCACAAUAGUGGGAAAAAACAUUGUAUCUUCUCUUAUACGCUUUCAAAUCUUUCUUACACUAGCAUCCGAAGAUUGAUUUACAUAAAAAUAAUUUAAUUCACAAUAUAUCUGAAGUAAAUAUGAGGUCCCUCAAGUAUAAGAGUUGUAAAAUCACCAGAAUAAUGACUAAAUAAACUGCGACUUAUUUCAUUGUUACUUUCUAAAACAAGUACCUAUUGGAUACAAUACCUACGUACGUACAAUUAUCGUACUCGUAUAUAUUAAAAACAGUUUAAAGAUACGUGUAAGACGUGGACUAAAGAUAAAGAAGUAAGUUUUGGUUGCGAUGUUUUCGAGUAAUGACACAAUUAUAGUAACAGACUCCGAACAAACUCUUGCCACUUUUGCCACCUAAGUUCAUUUUUAUUGUCAUUGAAUGACGCAACUUUUAAAUAUAAUAAAUUACACUAACUUCCAUUUUUUCGAUGUUUAGUUAAUAUAUAUGUAAUUUUAUUACACUAAAUUUAUACUGUAUUAAGUGCUAAAUGUACAGUAAUACGUUUCAUUAAUUUUUAUAAUACUAAAAUGUUUUAAGUAAUGUAAAGUUCUAGUCUACUGUAAAUAAACCGAU